AUGACUCCGAAAACUGUUUGGUUGGUCGGUGCUCUGACGUUGACGCUUUUUGUGAUUAUCGAGUCGUCUACCUUCAAGGAGACGAAAAUCACGGAAGGAGACUAUCAGGGAUUAAAAACGUACGACGUUAAGGGGAAAGAAAAGAAACUCAAGUUGUGGAGAUUCAUGCUUAUUAGUAGAAAGGACGCUGGCGAAGACGUCGAAACGAAGAUUAAACCGAUUUUCAAGAAAUACAAGAUCACUCGGCUGCGAGUGGAACCCUUUGGCAAGGAACAAUCCAUCGGGAAUGGGGAACAUCUUUUAAUCGGAGAUAAAAGUGACGAAACGCGCAAGGACAGAGUAAAAAGAAACGCGACUGCGUUGAAUGAGUUCAAAGGCGCGAAGAAAAGCCAUAAAAAGUUGAAGCUGGCUCACGUUCAGGCUGGUUACAAGAAUUGGAAGAGUAAAGAACGCUCGAGCGAUUCGAACGACGACAAACCCGUGGACAAAACGAAGAAAAUCAGUCGACGUUACGUGAAUUAUUUGCCGAAUAAUAAAACGAAUAGAUCGAAACGUUACGCGGUGACUAAGGAUUCGAAGGAUGAUAAAUCGGAAUAUUACGCGAAAAGGAAAGCGGUUAUGGACAGAUUUCACGCUCGCCAAAAAGAAAUAGCGGACAAGUACGCGAAGAAAACGUCCACGACUCCAAAGUAUAUAUAUAAAUACGAUUUGGAGAAGAAAAACAACGUAUCUUUGCCCUCAUCCGUGAAGAUCGCGAUAAAUAAUAUCAAUAAAAGGGAACACGCAGUCGAUAAGGCGAAUAACAGUCUCCAGACUAGUACUUCCACUUCUUCUACGACACCGAUUCAAGAACAAACCAUAGAAACCACGACAACAGCCUAUCGUAUUUACCGAUUAAACCAAUUUCAAACUACAGAAAAUUCGCUAGAUGUCGAGGAGGACUACGACGAAGACUCUGACUAUCUGGAAGAUAACGAUGACUAUCAGAAGUCUAAUGACUCGAAACUAGACGAUGACAAAAGCGACGCGAAAUGGGGUAAUUGUAUUGGUAAUUUAGUAUAUCAGCAUAACAUAAUCAUCAGUGUACGCCAAGCGUCACAAGCUGUCGCGGAUAUAACUACGUCGGUGGAUGGACAUCUUUGCAUUACAUGCAUCAGAGUGGAAUCAUUGAAUCGUAACAAGAGCGUCACGGUGAAACUGGAAGUGAAUCGUAGAGAGGACGGCAGCCUUAUCAACGCGAAGCUCAAGUUCAACGGCUUCCAUCUCGAGCAAUUAUCAUAUUCCGUGAGGAUGUGGGCCGUCAACAAAGUAGAAAACAGUUGCAGCUUCGUACCGUAA